AUGAUUAAUAUUUAAGAUAUCUCUCUAGCUCAAAAGAAAUCAAGAUCAAUCAAAGCUGGAAAGAAAAAUAAAUAUCAUCAAGUCAUUAAUCAUUUCUUUAAUGAUCACCUAAACAAAUUAGAAUAGCAGGAUUACAAACUGUUCUUGCUCAAAAUAUUUUUCACUCUACUGAUAAGAAAGAAUGAGAAUUUAGCACAUUUUCAAAUAAUUGACAUGCUAAAUCACAGCAAAGGAGACAACUUCAUGAUUAAAAAUAUCAAAAUUAUUCACAUCUACUACUUCGAGAGUAUUAUACUUGAAAAAAAUCAAUCAGAUACCUCAAGCUCAACAAUAAAUGUUUAGGAAGUUAUUGAAAGCAAUAGGCUAAUGACCAAAUUUGAGAAUUACUUACAUGUUACUUCUGAGUAGAUAUCCUUGUUUUGGAAAACUUUAUAGAUCUAAAAACUAGAUGUAGAUAUAUACAGACUAGGAAUAAAAAUAACAAAAAAAAUAGACAAAAUUAAUAGCUUAUACAAUAAAAUAGAGUCAAAAUUAAGUCAAAAUGUGGAUCAAAAGUUGUACCUCUAUAUGGCAGCUUUCUACAAAUUUGUAGUUUUUAAGAGCAAAGAAUGUCUAGAUGAAAUGUAAAAGCACAGAAACUCUUAAAAUUUACACAAAAUGUUUAAAUCUGAACUCAUAAAUGCAAAGUCACACAAUAAGGGAAUAAUUGUUGCAGAUUUUGAUUUUAAAAAACCAAUGUCAAUCAGAUUCAUCAAUAAAAAUGGGACAAAAUUAACGAAGUACGAUAGUGGUACAAUUCAAAGAUUAAAAAUAAAUGUACUUAUGCCUAAUUUAAUCUCAGAUAACCAUCAUCUGUUUAUAAGUAAGUUUUUCGAAACUGGAAAGUCAAAUGUUCUUAAUAAAGAAAGAAUAGCUUUGCUAAAAUAAAAAAAAGGCAAUGUGGUGCAUAUUACUCUAUCUAUAUUUAUAAACUUUCUGAACUACAAAUCAUUCAACAUGUUUUUUGACCUUGCUGAGGAGGUUAAUUAUAACCCAUUUAUUGAUUUUCAAGAUCAACUCUAAUAGCCAUUGAUAGGAUACCUGGUGCUGGAUGAUGAAUUAAAGGUUUAUGAAUUUUCUAAGAAUUGUAAACAGAUUUGCGGAUUAUCAUAGAAGAUUAUUAAUAAAAUGUAAGAUCAAAGUACAUUUUCCAUUCAUUUGGAGGACUUAUUUUAGCUGAAUGAUUCAGGUAUUGGCUUCAAGGAGAGAUUAUUUUCAGGUUUUGAAUACAAGGCGAUUGCUAAAUAUGAGGAGGGACUAAUUGUUAGGAAUGAAACAAUAUUGAUGCCUAGCAGUAGGUUUAACAUUAAUGACGAUAAAUCAGGUUCUGUACAAAACACAUCAUCACAGCAAAGAUCCUACGAUAAUAGCUAUGUCUCAGACUUUAUGAUAAAAUGUGUUAUUGAAAGUUUUCAUGAUGGUCUUGUAAAAAUGCCUAUUCUCUAUAUCAUUCAAAAUUCUAAUAUAACUUUCAAAAGCAAGACUUUAAUCGAAAACUAAGGAUACAGCAAAAUGAAAACUUUAAGGAACUCCUUGAAGGUAAAAGAGAUAUAAGAAGAAGCAAAAGAAUCAAUAAAUUACGAGUCAUUAAAUGAGAUUAUGGAUUUUCAUUCUUAGUCAUCUUGCUCUUAAUCAAGUGCUUCAGAAAAUAUAUACCUUGCCUACUCUAAAUUCACUGAAUAAAUUAAUCAAACGAAUACUCCAAGCACUCUUAAAUUCGUAAUGCAAGUCUUUCUCAUGCUGUACUUUGUUGUUUUAAUGACUAGUGUAGUUGAAUUCAUUUUGUCCUUCAUGAACUUUAAGUAGUCAGAUUAUGGUCUUAAAGUUACUCAUAUCUCUUUAUCAAGACUUAGCUGCUUUAGGAUAGUCAGACCAGUCAUACUUACACUUAUAUUUAUAGCAAAUGGAUACCAAGACAAUAAUAACUCAGUGCUUGAUGAUAGAUUCUCAUUUUAUCUUAACUAUCUAGAUCAAUACUCAGAGGAUUUCAGAAACUUUUAGGUUGAGCUAGAGUCAUUACAACUUUUUGAAGAGGGGGUUAAAUUGGAGAUUCAGUAGAUAGAUUUUAAAAAUUAGUUUUAUAAUAAAACAUUGACGCCCUCUCAAUCUAUAUAUUAUUACUUAGGCUAGAUAAGUGACGUUAUAGAGUAGGCAAGAGUUAGGGGACAAAGUGUAUUUGUCACUUAAAAUCCACAAGUAUUGAAUAGCUCACUUUUUAAUAUGCCUAAUAGUGCAACUUCUAUUGAACAGUAAUUAUACUUUUUGUGCUAAAACUAAAAUCAUAACAUAUAUAAUGACGUCAGAAUAUUCACAAGGACUUAUGAUGCAAUGAGAGCAGAUAUUGCAUCUAAAACUUAAUACACUGCAACAAUGACUUAUAUUUGCAUAGGCUUGAUAGUAGCCUGCUCAUUUUUAGUAAGUCCGUUUACUCUUAAAAUUACUGGAAGGACUAGUUCACUAAUAAAUUUAUUCCUGGAUUUUAGUCAUGAAGAGAUCAACAAAUGUGUGAAGAUGGUGGAUGAUUUUUUGACCUAUUUAAGUAAUGAAACAAAAGACGAUAUAGUGGAUUAGCUUAAAGUCAAGGCUAAAAAGUCAGGAACAAUGAGACCUAAAUCGAGAAGGAAGAGCAGUAAGAAGCUAUUUUAAAAGAAGAUAAGUGAGAGCAUAAAGAGAGAAGAUUUAGAAUUUCAAGAUCAAGAAGAAGUAUAGAACUUAGAUUAAGAUGAAGAAGAUCAAAGUGAAAACAGUAAUGAUGAUAAUCUGAGCAAUGUGAAGGAAGCCUCUGCAGCUAGCAUUUAAGAGGAUGAAAAGACCAGAGAGACUAAAAAAGGAAUGGAAGUCCUGAGGUAAAAGUUUAAAUCAUAAAUUAGAAGAAAACUUAUCAAGUAUUUGCUGGUUAUCCUUAUAAACGCUGCUGUCAUUUGCUCUUAUUUUGUGAUUUUCUAUUACAUUAGUGCUGAAACAUUCAAGUAGCUAGUCAAUGAUAUCGAUGUCUUGACUGCUAUCUACUCGAGAAAGACAUCAAAGGAAAAUGCCAUAUUUGGAGUGUUGUAAACGUUUUAUAAGAACAGAACUGAAUAUAUUAACGGGGGAUAAGAAGAAAUAAACUAUUAUUUGACAAGAGUAUACACUGAAGAGACAACUUAUCAAUAGGUCAUUGUUAAUAAAAGAAACAUUUAAAUAGCUAAUAUUCAGGAGGAAAUAAACAAAUUUGAGACUUAGGAAUUUUGCGAUCAUUUUUUCAACAAUCUAUCUUCAGAUCCUCUUUAUAAUGUAACAACCUCUCUAUGUAAAUAAUCUGCAGCUGGACUUGCUGCUUAAGGAUUGACAUUAUUCUUUUAUCAGCAAGUCUAAAACUAUUAGGCAAUAAGAGUAUAAUUUCCUAAGCUCAAGAGAUCCCUUGAAGGAAUUAAAAAAGUAAUAAAUGAUAAGCAAUUCUUAGAGACUCAAGAUGUCUAAACAAGAAUUCUCUCUAAACCCUGGCUUGACAUGUAAAAGAAGGCCCUAGACACUAUCUUAGAAUUCAAUUAUGGUGAGAAGGUUAAAUUCAUUGUAAUGUUUACUGCAUUUAUUGUACUACUCUUUGUCAUUAUUAUUCUAUUUAUAGCAAGUAAGCUUCUUACUCAUGUUUUUAUAAUCUUUUAGAAAUAUUCAGAAGCCUUAGAAAUGAAAUGA